AUGAAGUUGCUUUCGUGGAAUGUUAGAGGGUUGGGGAGGAUGGAGAAGAGAAGCAAAGUGAAGAAGCUUUUAAAGGAGAGGAGUGUAGACAUGGUACUGUUCCAAGAGACAAAAAAGUUAGAGUUUUCAGAGGAAGAUGUCAGAUCUGUAUGGGUUAGAGCCAAAAUGGAGUUUAUGGUGGUGGAUGCUGAAGCCUCGGCGGGAGGGUUAUUGUGUAUAUGGGACCCAGAUGUAUUCCAAGUGAAGGAAUGUUGCAGUAAUAGAAGGCUCAUCCUGUUAUCAAAUUUCAAUGAGAUUAGACAGAUUGGGGAAAGGAGAGGGUGCUCAAGGAGGGAUAGAGGCAUGAAUGAAUUUAAUGAGUUCAUUGAUAAGUGUGAGGUUUCUGAAUUACCUUUACUUGGAAGGAGAAUUACUUGGUGUAAUUCAUUUGUUGGGGAGAAGUGGAGCAAAAUAGAUAGAGUGUUAGUAGAUCCAAAAUGGCUUGAGGUGUUCAAGUUAAAGUUAUGGGGUUUGCCUCGUUUGGUCUCGGAUCAUUGCCCUCUCCUUAUGAUGGAGGAUGAGAGGGACUGGGGCCCAAAGCCUUUUAGGGUUCUAAAUGCAUGGUUCUUGCAUAAAAACCUUAGAAGAUUCUGGGAGUCUAAAUGGGAAGAGGCCACUGUUGUGGGUUGGGUUGGUUUUAUUCUGGCACAGAAGCUUAAGUUCUUGAAAAAUGGUCUUAAAAGUUGA